GUUUUAGGUAAAACUUGAUCAAUAAAUUUGUCACUAAAGUGAGAAACAUGUACGCAAAUUUGUCUUCAUGGGUAGAUUAUUUUAAUGAAAUAAUGUACAAUAAUAAUUAUACCAUAUCGACUUCAAUUAAUCAAAGCAAAAUUGAAUUUACGCCGCCAUUAUGGAAACAAAUUUUAUGGUGUAUUUUUUAUAUUGUGAUGGUUGUCGUUGCUACAGGAGGAAACGUAAUAGUUAUAUGGAUAAUACUGUUAAAUAAAAGAAUGAGAACAGUUACUAACUAUUUUUUACUAAAUCUAUCUGUAGCAGAUACAAUGGUGUCUACACUAAAUGUAAUAUUUAAUUUUAUAUAUAUGUUGUACUCGCACUGGCCAUUCGGAUUGGUGUAUUGUAAAAUUACUCAAUUUGUUGCUGUUCUAUCAAUAUGUGCUUCAGUCUUUUCUCUGAUGGCUAUAUCUAUAGACAGAUAUAUGGCUAUAAUAACACCAUUAAAAAAACGUCUCGGUCAAAGAUGUACUUUGAUUGUGAUAUUGUGGACUUGGAUAUUAGGCGUUUUGGUAGGCCUUCCAAACGUUUUAUUUUUCCGGACAGAACAAUUACAAAAUUCAACAAGAAUAAGUUGCUAUAUGCUUUGGCCAGAUGGAGACACUAAUGCAUCAUCAUUAGAAUACCAUUACAACAUAUCAGUGACAGUUUGUAUUUAUGUUGUCCCAGUUGUAGCCAUGAUUUUCACUUACAGUCGAAUUUCUGCUGUUUUAUGGGGUUCACAAUGUAUUGGAGAAAAUACCGAUAGACAAAUGGAGAUAAUUAAAAAUAAAAGAAAGGUAGUGAAAAUGAUGAUGGUGGUCGUUACUAUUUUCGCAGUGUGUUGGCUACCGUACCAUGUUUACUUUCUAGUCACAUUUUACUACCCAUCUCUUUUAUUUUCUCCAUAUAUUCAAGAUUUAUAUUUAUUUAUAUAUUGGUUAGCCAUGAGCAAUUCAAUGUACAAUCCAAUUAUCUACUGUUGGAUGAAUGCUAGAUUUCGAAGAGGAUUUGCAAGAGCUUUUUCUUUUUUGCCAUUUGUAAAUUUUAACCGAACCCAAGCACAUCGAAGUAGUUCUAAAUAUACUGUAAGUUCGUUUUAUGGAUCGGAAUCAUCAGGACACAGAAAUAUUUUUAGGAGAAAUACCUAAAAUCGAUGGUUUUAUCAAUGUUUAAAUUGAAAAAUAUAAUUUAUUUAUCAAUUAUCAUCAUCAUCGAGUAGUAUACAACUAAGUUGAAAAUGUAUGUUUAGCUGUUACAUGGGUAUAUUAAAAGUGUUCUUUUUUUUUUUUAAAUAUAAUGUAUUUAUUAAAUAC